AGCAGCUGCUUAGAAGCCAGUCAAGAUUGACUUCGAUCAAGGGGAAUUGUUAGGAAAUACGUGGGACUUCGUAGGACUUGACAAAUCUUCCUCGCUGGGUUGUCCAGCAAAGUUCAGCGUUGACCCCCAUGGCACAGAAAGUGGAGAAUGACAAAAUUGCUCUAACCGAAAAACAGAUCCAGGACCUCAGCUGCCUUGACACGGGGAGUUUUGACCAGCUGACCAAACGCCUACAGGAUGCUUUUUCCUCCCUGGAGAACAUCAGCUUAAAUGUGGCCGUCAUUGGAGAAUUGGGAGAAGACAGGGCGACCUUCAUCAACACCUUUCGGGACCUCUGUGAGGAAGACGAAGGGGCAGCUCCUACUGGAAAGACAGAGGCCCAUAAAACUCCUGUGGCUUAUCCACACCCCAAGUACCCCAAAGUAAUCCUGUGGGAUCUGCCAGAGAUUGGGAAUCCAGGCUUCAGUGCCAAACGUUAUGUGGAGAAGAUGGAUGUGGCUUCCUAUGACUUCUUCUUAAUCAUUGCUUCUCAGCACUUCAGGUCCUUCCAUGCUAAGCUGGCUCAUUAUAUCAAGAAAGCUGGCAAAGGAUACUAUUUUGUCCGCUCCAAAGUGGAGGCAGAUCUGGAAUUGGUCCGUCAGAGCAACCCAUCUAGCUUCAACGAGAUGGUCACCUUGCAGAAGAUCCGGGAAGACUGCCUUCAAGAUCUUCAAGCCGAGAAAGUGAGAUCUCCCAAGAUCUUCCUUAUUUCCAGCACUUUACUCAGCAAGUAUGACUUCUAUCUUCUGGAAGAGACUCUGGAGAAAAACCUGGAUCUACCGAAGAGCCAUUCGUUCCUCCUUGCCACUCCCAACAGCUCCCAUCGCAUCUUGGAGAAGAAGAAGGACAUGAUGCUGGAUCACUUGUGGUUGGUGGCUGUGGUGGCCUGUGGGAUCCAGACUGAAGCUAUCCCAGAUAUUUCAGUGGUGUGUAAUGUGGACCUGCUGGUCGGAACCAUGCGAGGUUACUGCAUCAGCUUUGGCUUGGAAGAGGAGUCCUUAAGGAGGACCGCUGAACAUGUAGUCCAGCCCGUUGAGCAGUUGAAAGCCCUGGUCAGGUCUCCACUGGCUGCUGCAGUCACCAAAGGACUUGUGGUGGAACUGCUCAUCCAAGCAGCCAGCAGAGCGCCUAACCUACCAAAGCAGCUGGUGCCCAUGGCCUCGGUUGGGUUGUCGUUCGCUGUGGUCUACAGCAUGUUGAAAACUUUUGUGGAGGAUGUGGCAACUGAUGCCCACAGGCUUCUGGUCAAGGUGUUUAUGAGCCAUAAGGGCACAAGUGAGCCUGGGACAUCCGUAUCAAAAGUCUUGGAGAACCAGGGCCAUUCUUAAGAGGUUUCCAAGGAGCUUCCCGUCCAAAGUGGACUCCAUGAAGUUCUAGAAAAGAAGCUACAUGUUUAUCUUCUCCAAUGUUCUUCCAAACCAGGGUUGUUUGCUUAAGAGAGUAAAUCAGGAGUAACCCUCUCAAAAUCUGA